UGCCACCUAUCAAUGCCAAUCAGUGCCACCUAUCAGUGCCAUGCCGGUCAGUGCCACCUACAGUGCCAGUCAGUGCCGCCUAACAGUGCCAGUCAGUGCCGCUUAUCAGUGCCAGUUAGUGCCACCUAUUAGUGCCAGUCAGUGCCGCCUAUCAGUGCCAUAUAUCAGUGCCAUGUAUCAGUGCUGCCUUUCAGUGCCCAUCAGUGAUGCCUGUCAAUGCCCAUUAGUGCCACCUACCAGUGCCUCUCAUCAGUGCCCAUCAGUGCCACCUAAUCAGUGUCCAUCAGUGCAGCCUAUC